UUCCGAGACAAACAAAAUGUAAUCGACGAAAGAGAAGAAGAAUUGUAGGUGGUGAAACCAUUGAUCUCAACUCUUCACAGUCGGUUGCUCCCGAGCAUUCAAAGACUGACGAAGGGAUUGAUUGUAACCACUGUGGCACUGAUGUUGAACAACCUGAAACUGACUUACCAAUGAAUGAUCGAAUGGACAUCAGAAAUAGAGCUGUGUUUCAACAUAGUAGUUCUCAAGAAGGUGGGGUGGUUUUAGAACAGGAUGAUCUAGUGGACAAUGGAAGCAAGGAUGAUGUUCUCAAUGAAGUAGACCAAGCAAGUGGUAUGGUGAUGUUGGAUGUGAUCAUAAUGUUGAAGAUGACACUUGGCAUAUUGAUGGCAACAAGGAAGGCGAGGAUGAUUUGGGGCAAGACAUGGGUGGAGACUCAGUACAAAAUGAAGAAAUGGAUCAGGGGGAUGAUGAGGACUGGCAUGACAAUGGAGUUGACUCUGGAGGAGAUGAUGAAGAUGAUGAUUUUCAGCAUGGUGAUGGGGAGGAAGGAAAUGAACCAGAUGAUAAUUACCAGGGAUUCAGCCUUGAAGAUGGAAAUCUUCCAAUUUAUCCAGAUGCACCCAUCACCAAGUCACAGAGUCUACUGCUGAUAGUGUCCUAUGUCUUGCGGGAUGGUCUUUCUGAUAGUGCUUUGGAUGAUCUUCUUUCUUUGAUGAAUAUACACUGUCCAAACAGUGUUCCUACAUCAAAGUAUUUGCUGUACAAGAGUGUUGAAGAUUCAAUGUACGAGGUUCACUAUUAUUGCAUGGCGUGCACUGCAUAUCUUGGCCCCGAGAAAUUGACAAGGAAUUGUAAAAACUGCGGCAAUGAAUUCAGUGCAGACAUCUCAACUGCAGAGGGUAGUUUUUUUCUCAGGAUGCCCGUCAAAACACAGCUGCAAAGAAUGAUGAAAGUACCAGAAGUGGCAGCUGCCCUUGAAAAUCGAAAUAUUGAUGAAAUCUUGAGAGAAACUAACAUAAAUUACAUUGUUCAUGGUAAACUUUAUAAAAACCUUCUUCAUGAUGGCAUAAUAGGUCCCAGUGACUUGUCAUUAUUGUUCAAUACUGAUGGAGUUUCUAUUUUUAAAUCCUCCAAUUUUUCUGUUUGGCCUUUGUUUGCCACAAUAAAUGAAAUUUCACCACAUAUGCACAGGAAACAUAUGAUUAUGGCAGGUUUGUGGUUUGGAGAAUGUAAACCCAACAUGAAUACUUUCUUAAAACCAUUUGUGGAUGAACUUAGAGAUUUGGGAGCAGAUGGUUUGCACUCACCUCUUGGCCAAACCAGGAUUUUUGCUCUUUGCAUUACACGAAGACCAUCAUUUGUUGAUGCAAGGCUCGGCUGUUCAUCUGACUUUCUUGUAAAUAUUGACCAACAAGCAGAUAACCCAAAUAUUUGUAUUUAUCCAGGAGACAUCCUGCAAAAAUGUAUUUUUAUGAAAACUGAUGUUUCAUCUUACCUGUGCCCACUGCCUUCUCGGUUUUACUGGGAUUAAGUUGUGAAUUGAUGGUUACACAUGAAUGUUUUACAUGUUAGCAGAACUUGGCCCUCUAUAGAAUGCUAUAGGGCAGCCUAUAGAAUUCUCUCAAAGUCACCGUCAAGUCACUCUCAAGUCAUGAAUCGGCCACCAAUUGUUUGCAAGCUCACUUGAGAUUUGACUUGAGACUUGCCGAUUCAUGACUUGAGAAUGAUUUGACAGUAACUUAGUCCCACCUCUGGCAUAGGAUAUAGACGGUCCUACAGGAUUGUAUACACUGGCGUAUGGGUUGAACUGAUAUAACAUAUGCAUGUGUAGUUUCAGUUACAGAUGUUAUAGUAACCAUUUGAAGCAAACUGUCUGCAUUAAUGCUGACCUGUUUGGAUGUUUACAUCUAUACUUGUGUUUGAUGAUACUGCAGUUUCCAAGUUCCAUGGUUCGACAAAGAAAAUGAUAUAUGUGAUUAUGUAUAUACAU